AUGCUGCUUGGAACGAUAUUUACCGCGUAGAAUAUCUGAUAGAGAUGCCUCAGCUUACGUGCAGUGGCAGAUGGGGAUCGAGAACUGUUGAGCGAGUUUCGGAGAUGAUGCGCACGAACAGUUCUUCGAAAUGUAAGCUCUGGUUGCUAAUCUUCGCCGCAGCAAAAUUAGUCAGAAUAAGUAGGGAACGCGUGUGGACCAUCUGCGGGCGUCGUCCGCAUCCGCCUUCUGCUGUCUCCUCAUCGUCCGAGUCUCCCCGGAAGUCCCAGUUCGACUGAGUCUCCUGUCCCUCUUAUAUCAGCCAAGCCUGCCCGCCCCUUUCCCUCUCUUCUCUCCUUCAUCCCAUCCUCCUUACCUCCCGCUGCCCCUGUCCGUUAUGCGUUCCAACUGGAGGGCUAUUACCCUCCUCAUUCCCGCUCUUGCCGUUGCAUUCGUUAGUGCUGCGCCCCGAUCUACCAAUGACGCAGCCUUGGCACUUGCCGAACACUCUUCGAAUCAGGUUCUAGUAUCGCGGGAUGAUCAUGCUCACGGACACGGACAUAACCAUCAUGCUCAGCCACUCGUCGAACUUAACGAAACCGAAGUCCUAAUGCACCACGCACCCACUCCACCGUCGUACUGGACGAUUGACUUUGUCGAGCAUGAUCCUUCCCAGGGCCGCUAUCCAGGUCUGAUGGGACUGCACAUACUAUUCAUGGGGCUCGCAUUCUUUGGUGCCUUGCCAAUAGGUAUCGCACUGCGCUCUGUGAAACAUGCCUGGCAUGGGUUUGCGGUGAUACUGUACUGGACGUUCGUUGUGCUGGGUCUAGCGUCAAGUGCGCUCUACAACAAACUCACACCCAACAUGUAUGAAGGAAACAAGCACGCUCUGCAAGGAUAUCUUGUCCUCUUCCUGGCCUCUCUUGUCUCUCUUUUCGACAUAAUUGCUCUCGUCGGUCGUUCAAUCUCUUACAUACGUGCUGUGCGUUCCGGCCAGGAACACUUUUCUUUUAAAUCGUGUUGGAACACUAUCGUGCUUGAUCGAGAAGACCGUGCCGCUGGCAACGCUGCGGAGUAUCUCAAUCUGGUGCAUGAAGAUCCAGAGGAGUUUGAUGCCGCUGAGCUGAAAUCGAGGGAAAUUGAAGGUGCGGCCGAGCAGGCAGAACCUCUCCAUAUCCGUCGUGCACAUUUCGUUGAACCCAUCGACACCUCCGCCUCUGCCGUUGACGAACAUCAUGAGACCGCACAGUGGGCCAACAACGUCUUUCCUCAGUCAGCCACUUCGGAACGUACCUUGUUUGGACCUCGCUCACCAAGAGGGUCACUUCACUCCGACGAGACGUUGCAGGACAACUCGUACUGGAAGAGUGUCCCCAAGGCGCCUUUGCUCAGGCGCAUCGGUCGUGGCACGUUUGCUACCACAGAACGCGUACUCGUGUUCGCCGGUCUCAUGCAAGUGCUUACUGGUAUCGUAGACUACACUGGCGGCUGCCGCGGUAAAUGGGUCAAUGGCUGUCUCGCUCACCUGAUCAAGGGUGCUAUUUUCUGGUGUUAUGGUCUUGUGACUUUUGCUCGUUUCCUCGGAACGUUCGCUGAGUUGGGUUGGGCAUGGAACCGUGCUCCUACCCGUCAAUACCCUUCCGCCGAGUUCGUCGAAUGUUUGGUCAUCUUCCUAUAUGGUAUUUCCAACACCUGGAUGGAACGAUUCGGCGCUCAUGCCGGCGAUCCCUAUACCACCAAGCAAGUUCAACAUAUCUCCAUUGCUGUCAUGUUCUGGUUUGCCGGUUUGAUCGGCAUGGGCAUUGAGUCGAAAACAUUCCGUCGCUGGCUCGCAUCCGGUGCCACCGCCGCUUUGCCCGCAUCUGUACGCAACUCAGAAGCAGUCGCUGAGCCACCAACGUAUAUCGCCAGCUUCAACCCAUUCCCUGCAUUGUGUAUUGGUAUCACCGGCGCAGCCAUGAGUGCUCAUUUCCAAACAUACCUCUUUCAAGUUCAGAUACACACGCUUUGGGGCAUUCUUCUGAGCGCAUUCGCCAUUCUCCGAUGCCUGACUUAUUUCUUCCUCUGGCUCGGCCCUCCACGAUCGAUCCUUCCCUCACGUCCUCCAACCGAAGCUCUUGCAUCGUUCUUCCUCGCCUGUGGUGGUUUGGUGUUUAUGUUUUCCACAGAGGAGGUGACGAUAGCGGCGAUGAGACAAGGUCAUGAUGACAUGAUGAUGUUCUUGAACGUCGCUGUUGCUAUGACUUGUCUGGCAUUCUGUUGGACGUUGGGGAUUGUCGCUUUCAAGGGAUGGUUGAAGAGUCAUACACAUGCUGCCGUCAAGUUCCACAGUUCCACUUGAACGGAAGUCGUCGAAGCAUAAUCCACAUUUCUAUCUAGAGCUCUUAUCCUCGUCAUGCUUCGACGCAGAGUUUCCCAAUCCACGCAUCCCGCUACCAGCAUGUGUCCAAUGAAUGAAUGAACCUUCUUCUUUUGGGUGAACGGUUUUCUAUGCAUUUCUCCUAUUCAUCAUUCGACAACGCGCAACCUCGCAUCGUCCGUAAUCUAAAAGCCUCGCUUUCCCAUUCCCAGUUUGCCCGUUGUUACUAUAUCCCCUUUCCUCAUCACUCUAUUGCUUAUCCCUGCUGUUGUUGUUGUCUUGUUACCCACCAACUAUUGUUCACUUUAUAUUGUAUUGCUAGUAACAACAACUUUUCCAGUGUUGUCACUUUUUACUUCUACCUAUCCGCCUAAUUUCGGAUAUCCUUUUUUCAUUCUUCCUCUAGGGUAUGUGCGUCCCCCCUUUCCUCUCCCCUUUUCUCCUGAUGACUUCCCCUGUCACCUUAUUUCGGUGGACAUGACAUGUUUACGCCCACGUCCUUUGCUUCACGCUUCACAGAUCGUCUUUUGUCGAUCCUAUGACCCCAUUUCCAUGAUUGUCCUCCGUGAUGCUUGUGUAGGAAAUGAACUUUGUACGAAGCAUCCGUUAGUGCCAAAGUCCUUACCGAAUAAAAGUAUUAUCAUAUCUUCGAACGUUCAAGC